AUGAGCCAGCACGCUCCCACCUUCCCGGCCGCCGACGAUGUAGACGUCGACGAUGUCAUGUCUGAGGAAAGCCCCUCUCACCAGGCGAGUCCAGCCAAGGGCGCUCCGGCCACAGGACCGGGGUCCGGCAAGGGCAAAGGCCGAGGCCGCUAUCCUCGCACCAAGACCAAGGCCCCCAAGCCUCCGCCACCGCCCAAGCCCACAUUGGGCCGAGGACGCCGCCACAAAGCCUAUGAUUCUUACAAGGCCCAGGCCGCUCACGAACGCUGCCAGGAGCUCAAGGCCGCAUAUUCCGUCCUCUUCAAGCUCGUCAAGCCCAUUGUCCAGGAGAUCGCAGACUGCUCCAUCGCCGAAAUACUCGAGGACCCAGCCACCAUUGAGAGGGUCCCCGAGUUCACCACCAUCCGGAAGUUCCUCAGCGACCGCUUCCAGGACUGCCUAGUCAUAAACCACAAGGAGCUGGUCUAUGGCCUCAACAUGGCCGAGCACGUCUAUGAGGGAGAGAAAUCUGUGGCCCACGAUUCGCAUAUGCGCAUGGUUGCAGAGCUAUGCGAAGAGCGCUAUGGGCAGCUACUGAUUCAGGUCGACCUCCUCGAGCAUCUAUACGACAACAAGCUGCCUGUCGAUCUCCGAGAGCGGCCUCAAGAUGCCGGGUAUAUCCGCAAGGAUAUCACACAAGAGCAGGCCGACUCGCAGUCUCAGUACAUUGAGAUGCGCGGCGGCGUCGAAGUGCCAUUCCCUGGCACGCUUCUGAGCGAGCUGAUGAGCAAGGCGUGGCAACUGGCCCCCGAGAAGGCGACGCCCAAGCGGAAGGCCGAGGGCCAGCCAGAGGGCCAGCCAAACUCCAAGCUGGCCGCUGCCGCCGCCAAGGACGACGACGCGGCCCCCGAGCUGCCGCGGCACUCGGGCGGUCUGUUGGCAGCCGUUGAGGCUCUCGAGGACGGAGCCGCCACUCCUGGCGAGAGUGGCUCGCCGGCUCCUGAGCCGGCCGAGGACCCGGCGCCCGAGAAUGCCGACCAGCCCCAGGGCAGCGGGGAGGCAACUCCCAAGGACGGUCAGGAGAUCCCAAUUCCUCGUGGCGCGACGGGUGCGGACGAAUACGGUGUCCGCAUCAUUUCGAAGCGGUCCUCGCGGUUGGACAUACCAAAUAACCGCAUAAUGGUGCCCAACACGUUCGAGUGGGAAGACCACGAGAUCGGCUUCCGGGACUCGACCAACUGCACCCAGAAAGGUGCGCAAAAGGCCAAGCGGGGCAAGUACAUCGGCAAGCCAAACUCUAACUACAUCUUUCUCGAUCGUCGAGUUGGCACCUGGGACUCGACCAAGGCCGAGGGCGAGCUGGAAGAGGAGCUCGUCAAGAAACACGGCCUGCACCCGAAGUUGGGCUUGUUCUUGCCUACUUCAACUAAUGAGGAAGAGCCGCCAAAGCCAUAUGAGGAUGGGUGGCGGCCCGUCGUCAUGGUCUCCCCCAAUGGGGAGCGCAUCCACGCGUCGCGUACAAUUCCGCUGGCUCGACUGGAUCGAAAGGUGGAGGAGAUAGAGAACAGGGCCAAGAUUCAACGGCUCUUGCAUACCUUUUGCGAGCAAGAUGGCAUCGCAGAAGACGAGAUCGCACCGGACCCGAGCCUCCUGGAAGAGUAUCGGAAAGAAGAGCUGAUUGCUAGGGGCAUCGCCCCUGAUGAGGAAGAGUAUCGGAGGGGAGAACUGGUCGCCAGGGGCGUCGACCCCGACAAGGUACCGGCCAUGAGCGCCAAAUCCUUGCCACGUCAGGGGCCGGUGCUCAUUCCAGACGUCGCUUUGGCCUUCGACGAGUUUGCCGACGAUAUAUUGAGCGCGGCAUCUAUGAUUGAAGCUGAAGAGGGGGCUGCCCGGGCGACCUCGGCCAAGCGGUCGCAGCCAUCUCGACCAUAUGAUGCGAUACGGGACGUGUUUACCGACAGCGGAGCCAGCGCACCGUCUACUGCCCUGCCCCAGGUCCAGCAAGACGUGCCAGCCCAGGUUGAUAUUACUGGGCUGUUAUCGCUUGCAGGGGCUGCCUAUGUUGCCGAGCUUAGCGCUUCCAGCGAGCCGGUUAGAGCCAACGAUUUUCUCCGGACUGCCCUGAAUCCGCAGCCGACAGACUAUUCCCCAUUGCCAGCUCCCCAGGACUUCCCAGGCGACCUUAUGGGUUCGGCACAGGCUCAGGGCUCGGGAGCUGGACGGGCGCCGUUCUCGAACCCGGGCAUGGCCAAGGGGCUUCCGGCAUUGAGGCCGGUGCGAAGUCUCUUGAAUGACACGCCCCCUCUUCCAGAGCCGCACAGCAGCCCAGUACCCCAGCAUCUCAACAUGGUGGUCUCUAACAGUGGCGCAUUCUUUCCUCCCGCACCAAAUCGGCCAUUCCAUAACGCCUUCUCGGUUCAGGAGCAAGCGCAAGGCCACCCUUUGCACCCGAUCAUGCAGCAGCCGCUCAGCACUCCUACCCAGGGCCCACCCUUAUCUGGGAUGCCGUCGGCACAAGCACGACAGAUAAGCCCAUAUCCCAUGUCACCACCGCUAUAUCAUAGCGCCCCUCCUCUCGUUGCACCUACGCCGGUAUUGGCUCCAGCGCCUGCUGCACAGGCCAUGCCGCAGCUCCCCAAUACGCCUGGACAGUCGGCGUCGGCUGCUUCGCCACGUUCACGUCCCGGCAGCUCGUCGGCCUCGUCUUCAAAGUACCGGAAGCUUGAGCCAGCCCCGACGCCACCUCAUCGCCAAGGCUACUUGGGCAACGGCCAGGAGCUGCGGACAGUUCAGUUUGAUUAUCGCGAAGCCAUCAAAGAUUACUCUGCGGUGGAAGCACCGCCUCGCCAUGGUCCGACCCAUAUUCGUGGGUGGACCCAUAACAACCUAAAGAAAUCACGGCCUUCUUCAAAAGGCGACGCCCCUGUCGACGAACCAUCAUAG